AUGGUGUUCACAAAGGUCCUUCUGCUGCAGCUGCUCCUGGUCUCGGUGGUCUCAGCGUCGCAUUACUGGGGGACGACCGCAACCUCCGCCUACAAAGGCAUCAACUUCGAUGGAACGUACAAGGUACGCUUUCGUUUCCGGGACACCUUCGAUAGCUGUUUCAGCUCCCACACGUGGCGUUGCACCAGUGGCAACUGUGGCUACGUCUCUGGAAGUAAUAAAACAACGAUUGACAGCAGCAACAAUGGACCACAAUUUGACAGGCUGUUGUGUGAAACUGAAACAGUUGUCACAAGGAAUGUUCCAAGCAACAAACCUUUUCAGCUGAGGGCAGAUAGCUGUUGCUGGAUUGCAACACGUAAUAGGGUCAGAAGCUGGGAUGUGCUCAUCGGUGUGGAUUUGGGGAAUAGAUCUGACACCAGAGAACCAAACAAAUCACCUGAUGUUACCAUUCUGCCUUUCUUGAGAAUUCCUCAGAACUGCCCUCGGACAUACAAGCUGAUGACCUUCGAUCCCGAUGGUGACGAUGUCAGAUGCAGAUAUGGAAAUCUGAGGAACGUAGAGUGCAGCAGAUGUGACCGACCUGAAGGAUUCCAUUUAGACGAGGACUCCUGCACGUUGCACUACAACUACUCCACUGCCAACCCCAGUGUUUAUGGAUUUGAGAUGAUGGUGGAGGACUACUCAAAGGGGCACAUCGAUCUAUUCUACUCCGACGGAUCCCGGUCCCACAGGCAUCCAUGGCCUAGGAGGAGGAAUAAGAGAGCCAUCACCUAUCCUACCACAAUGGCAUGGCCCUGGUGGACCACAGCCAGACCCACCACAACUUCAUGGCCCUGGUGGUACACAGCCAGACCCACCACAACUUCAUGGCCCUGGUGGUACACAGCCAGACCCACCACAACUUCAUGGCCCUGGUGGUACACAGCCAGACCCACCACUACCAGAACCACAACUGCAUGGCCCUGGUGGAUCACAACCAGACCCACCACAACCACAACUGCCUGGCCCACCACAACCCAAAGGCCCGUAACCCCAUAUGCUCCGACUCCACCCCUCAGCCAACUCCCUCUACAGUUCUCUUUUCUUGUGGACCCACCUGCACCAUCAUGUGUUGAAGGAGAGUACCUGCCCAAGUUUGUGCAUCCAACACCUAGACAUGAAGAGAGGAUCCAUGCAGAGAUCGACUCAUCCGUGGAGAUCAGAGUCAAAGCUCAAGCUUCACUUUCAGUGAUUCAAGGUAUCAUCAUCAGCGGUCCUUCGAACGUCACCAAGCACAAGACCACCCACAACGAGUUCGUCAUCAGAUGGACGCCUACGGCCGACGACCUGGGGGAGUUCUUUCCAAUCUGCUUUGCUGUUGAAUCAGCAACAGGGCCAGGUGUCACCAGACCUCCGGUCGCCACACAUUCUCAUUCUCACUCCCAUUCUCACCCAACCCCAACUUCACGGUCUGGCCUCUAUCACUCUGAGAUGAGGUGUGUCGUGGUGGAAGUCAAAAGACAGAUAGUUAAAUCCCAUGUGAUCUGCAAUGAGUCCUCAAUGACAAUCCUGGUGGAGAAAGCUUCCUUCCCUCGACUCAGUGAGGAUCAUCUGCGGCUCAACGACCCCUCCAACACCAUCUGCAAUCUGACGUCUAACGGCACCCACGUCAUCGGCCACAUCGACCUCAACCAGUGUGGCACUCAGAUCGAGGAAGAUGAUGACUACCUCAUUUUCAAGAAUGAAAUCACCACAUAUGAAGACCCGAGGAAUGUGAUCACCAGGAAGCACCUGCUGGAGGUGCAGUUCUACUGCCAGUACCCCAAACAUGGCAACGUGUCGCAGAGCUUCUCGGUUCACAGGAAGAACGUCACCGUGUGGGAGAAGGGCAUGGGCACAUUCACCUAUGGGUUUGAGUUCUACGAGGACAGCAGCUACCGAGCCAUGAUGAAUCCAAACUCGUACCCUCUGGAGGUAGAGGUAGGGACCGAGCUUUACAUGAAGAUAGAGGCCACCUCUUCAAUCAACAACACUGAGAUGUUUGUGGAGUCCUGCAGGGCCGCACCGUACGACAACUCCAACUACCCCAAUCCCUACAGCAUCAUUGCAAACGGGUGUAAAGUGGACCCGACUGUUGACAUCUAUCCUCGUGCCCACAAUAAGCAGUUCUUGUUCAGCAUGGAGGCCUUCAAGUUCAUCGGCUUGCAUGACCAGGUGUACAUCAGCUGUUCAGUUAUCAUGUGUGAAGCUGGAAACCCCAACACCAGGUGCUCACAGGGAUGCAUAAACUCCACAAGCAGUCGUCGUCUCUACAAGAGAGAAGCAGCGAUCCAGAGUGGAGCUCACUUCGUUUCCCAGGGUCCCCUGCGCCUGAAGAGGUCGGCCGAGAACAGCGACAGCUCAGCGAUCGCCCUGAACCUGAACCUGGUGUUCAUUGCUGGAUGUGUCCUGGCUGCUGUUGGCAUGAUCUGUGGAGUGAUCAUGUACAAAACCAAGACGUCCAAGGUCAAGUACCAACCACUGCCUGCAUCUGAGACCUUGUAAGACACCAGCAGAAUUUAUUCAUUUCCUUUAUGGGGGUUUUGUGUGUCUACUCAUGUGCAUUUUAAACCAAUUAAUUCAAUUAACUUCUUGAUAAAUGUGUGCAAUCUGUGUCUGGGCAAGUGAAUCAACAGAUAUUUCUAUGAAAUGACACCAAAAGGAUGAUCAACUAGUGCUGCAGCUGCUGGUAAUUGUUCUGUGUGUAUUUAAACCUGCUUCUCCUAAUGAAUAUCACUCUAUGAUUUAAAUCAAAUAUCCUGAAUGUUUUCUAAGUCAUAACUGUCCCAUUGUCAGAAUUGGCUUCAAAUGAAUGGAAAAAUCUUAAAUCAUUUAUGAUAUACUUUUUAAUGGAUCAGUAAAAAAAAAUACUCUUGCAAUUGUCUGACAAAAUGAGGUAAAAAAUCACAUCAGAGUUGUACUGGUUUCAUAUGUGACAUGUAUCCGCCUGAGAUAAGGCGGAGAAUGGAUCAAUAAAUUUUUUCUUGCAUCUG